UCAAGACUCUCCAAAGCAAAUGGAUCGCAGCUCUCUCUGCUGUCUGGAAAGUUUGACUGGUCUAUUUGGCUUCUUCAAGUAUUGCAAAUGAAAACAUUUUCAAGCUUCAAUCUUGAUUUGGGGCUAGAUUCCAGCUUCACAUAUGGAGUUGUGUGUGCUGCUUUUAGAUAAAAGAGCUCUACGCGGGGAUUAUAUUUUGGUAGUUGACGGGGGAGGGAGUGAUUUUGUCACGAAAACAAAUUUUGUAAAAAUAUUUUUAUUGAAAAGUUUUGAGAAUUGCGAACGAAAACGAUCUUAUUAGAAACGAGAUCAGACUCUUUAAGAAAAUUGGUUGGCCUACUUUUAGAGUUUUUAAGUUGGAGGUAGAAGAGUACGAGGUUAUGUAGACAUCUGUAAAACUAAACUUUUCUUCUUGGUGUGUUUAUAGUGUAUUAAAUUCUCUAACAAAAAAAAAUCAGCAAAAGAGACUUGUAAUCUUAAACUGUAUGAAUUAAACUAUACACUCCUCGACUCUAUUAUACAGAAAUUUACAAGUGUUGGUUAACUAAAAAAUGCUUUUUAGUGCCGUUAAAUUUUAAAAAUUAAUUGAAAAAUGCUUUGGUACCUAAUAAAUAAAAUAAUAAUAUAUCAAUUGAAUAAUUAUUAUUAUUUUUUUUUGGAAAAUUAUUUAAUAAAUCAAUUAGGAAAUUUUGAAAAAAGAAAAAAGUAUAUACGUACACGUGUAUUUCAAUUUCACCCCCUCACCCUACCGUCAAUCUCUCCGUGCUGCUCACAAACAAGAGGAAGAAAUAAAAAUGUCGGAUGCUUGUUUCUGUUGCGAUGCUUCCGCUUCUCUAGACUUCAUUUUCCAUCAAACGCGGUCUUAAUACACUGCCGGUAAGAAAAUCUCUCAACCCCCAGACAGAUUCAGAUUCUUCUUUUUCUUUCCCUCCCAAAGAAAUCAUUUGACGAUCUGAUCCUCCGACAACGCUGUCUGCAUUCUUUCAAUUCUCGGAAUUCGUUUUUGCUUUUUCUUAUCCUUGCGUGUUUUUUGGAUUCUUUUGACAACGUCAGAUGCGGUUUACGGGCAAAUCUUCUUAACGUUUUAGGUUUCAUGGUUAGGGAGAUGCAGUGAUGGCUAGACAGAGAAAAAGAUUCUGCUAACGAUCCUGUUUUGGCGAAUUCGUGAGCGAGAAAUUUGGAGGAAAUUUUCAUUACUGGGGUGUUGUUUGGAUUUUCAAGUAGCACCGGGCUCUCGUGCUGAAAUUGGGUUGAAUAGAAAUCCGAUCCGAUAGUAGUAACUGCUUUGCUCGGUGGAGUUGAUAUUGAAUCUGCGUGAGAAAGAGGGGGAAGAAGACUAUGGGGGUGGAUUAUUAUGAUGUAUUGAAGGUGAACAAGAAUGCAACGGAAGAUGAUCUCAAGAAGUCGUACAGGAGAUUAGCAAUGAAAUGGCACCCUGAUAAGAAUCCCAACAACAAGAAAGAGGCUGAAGCCAAAUUCAAGCAGAUCUCUGAGGCAUAUGAGGUCUUGAGUGAUCCUCAAAAGAGAGCAACUUAUGAUCAAUAUGGUGAGGAAGGAUUGAAAGAUAUGCCCCCUCCUGGUAGCAGUGGAUCCACAUUUGGGGCUGGGGGGUCCAAUGGCUUCAAUCCUAGGAAUGCAGAGGAUAUCUUUGCAGAAUUCUUUGGAAGUAGUCCUUUCGGAUUUGGAUCAUCAGGACCUGGGAGGUCCAUGAGGUUCCAGUCAGACGGAGGAGGUAUAUUUGGGGGAUUCGGUGGUGAAAAUAUCUUUCGAACAUACAGUGAGGGGACCACACUCAGGAAACCACCACCUGUUGAGAGCAAAUUGCCGUGCAGCCUUGGGGAGCUCUACUCUGGAUCAACAAGGAAAAUGAAGAUAUCCAGGACAGUAGUCGAUGCCAAUGGAAGGCAGGUACAAGAAACAGAGAUAUUAACCAUUGAUGUGAAGCCUGGGUGGAAAAAGGGAACAAAAAUCACUUUCCCUGAUAAAGGAAAUGAGCAGUUAAAUCAGCUUCCAGCUGAUCUUGUGUUUGUUAUUGAUGAGAAGGCACAUGAUUUUUACAAGAGAGAUGGUAACGAUCUCAUCAUAAACCAUAAAGUAUCACUAGCCGAGGCAUUAGGGGGAACCACAGUGAAUAUCACCACACUAGAUGGCCGUAAUCUAUCAAUACCUGUAACUGAUAUUAUAAGUCCUGGCUUCGAGCUUGUUGUUGCUAGGGAGGGAAUGCCAAUAGCAAAGGAGCCCGGCAAUAGGGGAGAUCUUAAGAUUAAAUUUGAGGUUAAAUUCCCAACAAAAUUGACAGCAGAACAAAAGGCAGGACUCAAGCGUGCCUUGGGUGGUUGAAUAUGAUUUUGUUCAAUACUUUUUGGCUAGUAACUUGAGCAGGACUCUGAUGCCAAAGCAAGCUGAUUCGCCCUGGUAUCUGGCUAGAUUUUUGGACCGAAAGAUAUGGGCAGCAGACGGACUGUUCAUAUAAAUUUAUACAGUAACCAAGAUUAAAAGGUGAUAGCAUCGUACCUUCUGUUAUAUGUACUGUUGGUGUUCUUUUUCUUUUAAUUUAAGUAGGUUUAACAUUUUAAUAAUUUUUGUUGUAUUCGUUUGCGGAGAUCGGGUCACCUGUGUACUAUAUGUACCAUGUGCAGAAUGUAUGUGUUGAAUUAUUUUUCAUUUGAAGAUUAAAAAAAUAAGUCAUUAAUUUCUUCC